CGCAGAUUUUUUUUUUUUUUUUUUUUUUACAAAUUGACGGUUUGUGGCAACCCUGAGUCCAGCAAGUCUAACGGCACCAUUUUAAGAAACAACAUGUGUUCGCUACGUGCUUCUGUGUCAGAUGGAGCCACAUUUAUUGCUGCCAGCCAGAGACCAGAUGGCACAUGGAGGAAGCAGAGGAGGGUACGAGACGGCUACAUCCCCCCGGAAGAAGUUCCACUAUACGAAAGCAAAGGCAAACAGUUUGCCAAGCAUCAGCCUGUGUAUCCAGUGGGACUGUCCCCUGAAAUUAUAAAUGCUUCAAAAGCCAAAAGAGAAAAGGCUGAUAGGAUGGCAUCAAAAUCUAGCCCAAUACCAGGACUAGUCAUAGUUUCUACAUCAGAAGGAAAAUCAAGCAAGAAAAAAAAGAGAAAGAAAAUUUUUACUGGAGAAGAUGAAUUAAAUACAAGUCUAUCCAAAAUUCAGUUGAGUCCUGAGCCAAAAAUUCAAAGUUCCCAGUCAAAACCUCAGCAAAACUCCCAAUGUAAAGCUGUAGUUUCCCAGUCAGACCCACAGCACUCGGCAAGUACAACCACAUUACCAACAGAUCCUGCCAAAAGAAUCAAGAAUCUUCGCAAAAGACUACGUGAAAUUGAGUCCAUAGAGCAAAAAGUUGCAGCUGGUGAACAGAAACUUGAGAAAGAGCAGCUGGAUAAAGUUUCUAGGAAAAAGGAAGUCUUGAGUGAAAUUGAACAGUUGACACACAUAUUAGGUGGUGAAUAAAUGAACAAUUUAUUUGUUCAGUAAUUUAUAACUAGAUGAAAUAGAAUGAAUUUAUGCAAUAUCCUUUUCUAUGAUACAUCUUUUACUCCACUGUGCACUGUGUUUGAAGAUACAUUUAUGAUACAAAGGAGUUGUUUUGUACAAAUUUAUAUGACUGACACAGAGUUGCUUUUAAAAUCAGAACCCUGAUGAGUAUAAAAUAUUUCUGUAAAGUAAUGUCAUUAUUGUAUAAUUUGUUGUUUAAUUUUUUUAAUUUAUUCCCUGUGUUUUUCCUACACAUAUUUUAAUGGUAUUUAUGUUUAAUAAAUAUAGUGUAGUGACAUGUAUUGUAACUUGUACAGAUACUAAUGUAGCGGAUUAUUUUGGUUAUGUUUUAACAGAUGAACAAUUGUAUGACUGUAAAAUAUCACUGAGAACAUGUUUAUAAAUGUUUUAAUCUUUA